GACAGAGUGACUAUCACAUUAAUUGAAAUGUGGGCGUCACUUUUUAUAAUUCUUGGGCUAUCCUCGCUGUACAUUCUAUACCACCAUUUUGCGAGGGAAUUGCAGGAGGUUGAUCCUAUUCUACUUAACCAUCAAACGUCAAUUUCCGAGACAAGAAAAUCGAGCGAGUCUGCUGUGUAUAGAUCCGUUGAUGUUCCGCAUGGGGUGACUGUCACAAGAGGGUUGAGCUUACGAAAUGGCUACAAAAUUAGAGACGGUUGCUUGAAAGAUAUCUGGUAUUUAGCUUUGAAUAAUCAUCAAACUAAAAUUGCUUUUGGCGAUAAAAGUUUUACGUUAGGGCAAGUCAACUCAAUUCUACACCUUAUUGCUCAAAACUUAGAACAAAAAAAUGUGCAGAAAGUUGUCGUUUUAGGUCGUCUAAAUGAAAGCCCCGAGUUGGCCUUGGUUAUAAUGACGUGUUUUUUUAUAACUGACAUAACGGUUGUUUUAUGCAAUUCAUUUAAUGACGUCAAUGCAAUUCACAAUACACCAAAUGGAAUACUUGUGACCAAUUCGUCGUUUAUUGACAAAAUACCCCAAAAAAUGUUCAGCGAGGUUAUCGGGAUCAACGUGAAUGGAGGAUUAUCCUCCAACACAUCGUCCACUCAUUUUACACAGAUUUUAGAUAUUGGGCAGGACAUAGAAAGCUCAACAGACUUUCUUUACAAUCCGGACACUGAUUUUGCAAAAGUGAAUAACCACCCAUACUCAUUUGUCAGUAAGGGAACAGAAACUAGGUUUUUUCAGGUCAACUUUGUUUCUGCAGUUGCAGCUAAAGUUAUGUCGAUCCCUUCUCCGCUUUCUUGGAAUGAAAAAGACAGUCUACUACUUUCAUACACGACCCAAAGCUUUUCUUCAACGAAUAUACUAUUCGGACUUUGUUGUGGACUUAUUUCCAAUAUCGGAAGUAUUCAAAUAAUAGAUCCAAAAAACAUUGGCACACUGAAAGAUUUGUCAACAUAUAAACCGACUGUUCUUUGCAUUGACUCACAUAUAUUAAAGACAUUGUGCAGCAGCACAAAGAAAUCCUUCUGGCAGAGUUUUAAGCUACAGCGUUCAGAAUAUUUGAACUCCCUAGGCUACUUCAACUCAUUUGGGAAAAUUGAGAAAUCCCUUCACCUUAAGAUGGUUUACGCAUGUCAGCUAAGUCCGGUAUUGUCGUCUUUCAUCUGUAAUUUCUGCAAGUCGAUAUUGGGAUGCAGAAUCGUCAGAGAAGUUUACACCAAUUAUUCUAUUGGUCCGAUUCUGAAAACUAACAUCUACGAUUUCCGCAUUGUUCAAAAUCGCAACUUGGCAUUGCUUGGGGUCCCGGCUAACUCUGUCGAGUUGAAAACCGUGAAUCCUGCUGAAGGUGAAUCCCGCGGGAAACUUCAGGUAAGAGGUAUGUCGAUAGGAAAGGGCGACCACCUUGUCCCUGACGAUGAAUAUUGGGUCGACGCCGGUCUAGAGGGGAGCUUUGCCAGGGACGGCUGCUUUUAUAGCGAUUUUCAGUAACUUACCAUGUACAAACUGUAAAGAGGGAAAAGUUCAAGGGAUUGUGCUUUGAAUUAGAGGUGCUUAGAUAGCAAAAAUUUCCAUUUAUUACGUAAUUGGCCACACAAAACGGG